AGUCUCAUUUUGCUGAAGACGCUUGGAGGUGAAAUCAGACACAUUGUACUCCAGUGGAUAACAGAUUAUCUCUCUCCCUGACAUCUCUCUGUGCAUCGCUGGAGGUAGUGUUUUCCUUUGUUGUUUUUGUUUUGUCCCCAGCUCGACCCGUGGACUGGUCCUCAGCACCAUGGACAGCGCCUUGGACAGCCUGGACGCUGCAGGUUUCCUACAGAUCUGGCAACAUUUCGAUGUAGAUGAUAACGGUUACAUCGAAGGAAAGGAGCUGGACGCCUUCUUCCAACACAUGCUACAAACAUUUGGAAUGAAGAGGGAGGAGAUAAAUGAGGAGAAAAUCAGAAGACUGAGAGAAAGAUUCAUGUCUGCUUAUGACACUGCAGGUGACGGACAUCUGCAGAUGCAAGAGCUGGCCACUAUAAUGCUGCCAGAGGAGGAGAACUUCCUGCUUCUCUUCCGCAGAGAGACACCGCUGGACAACAGCGUGGAGUUCAUGAGGAUCUGGAGAAGCUAUGACACAGACAGCAGCGGCUUCAUCUCAGCCAUUGAGCUCAAGGGCUUCCUCCGGGACCUUUUCUGCCAGCACAGGAGGUCCAUCACCCCUGAAAAACUGGAGGAGUACACUGACACCAUGAUGAAGAUGUUUGACAAAAACAGAGACGGCAGACUGGACUUAAAUGACCUGGCCAGAAUCUUGGCCCUGAAAGAAAACUUCUUACUGAAGUUUAAGAUGGACGCUUGCAGUCAGGAAGACAGGAAGAGAGACUUUGAGAAGAUUUUUGCUCACUAUGAUGUUAGUAAGACAGGUGCAUUGGAGGGCCCUGAAGUGGAUGGAUUUGUGAAGGACAUGAUGGAGCUGGUGAAGCCCAGCAUCAGCGGCACAGACCUGGACAAGUUCAGGAAAGCCCUGAUGGGUCACUGCGACAUCAAUGGAGAUGGCAAGAUCCAGAAGAAUGAGCUGGCUCUCUGCCUCGGCCUCAAACUCAUCUAAUGGGCCAUCACAGCAUUUACACUCUUUCCUCCAUCAGUAAUCAUUUUCAGCCUCCUCUCUUCCAUCAUUUAAACGUCUCCUUUCUUCAUUCUUUCAGUUUUAAUGUGAAUCUUUUACUUUUUCCUCUCACCUGACUCAGUUUUUCUCCCGUCCUGGUUUAUGAAAGUGUAUCUCCUCCCUUACUGGCUCUCAGUUUGGCUUUAAAAGGCCAAUGUAGCUACAUAUACUAGGCUCAUUGAUAUAGCACAGUUUAUUUAUAUUAUUUCAUAGUUUUUUCUGUAAUAAUAUUCCUAGCAUAAGUAGAAAUUGUGUGCAUUAAAUGUGUAUUUAUGCCACCAUGAUUUCAAAAAGUUCUGCUGUUUUCAUGACUUCAUGGCAUGCUGCUUCUUUGUAAUGUGUUAACAAUUAGACAGUGCUUGCAUGAUAUUAUUGUGAAACCAGUAACAUGAAUGAUGAUUAAUAAAAUCUAUUCUAUAUCUAUAAA